AUGACGACCGACAACACCGAAAUCGUUCACGUCAGCGGUAAAGAGACCGAGAGGAUUGGGACGGAAGCCUUUGUCUUCAUCGAGCUCAAGGGAUGGGAGAACGUUGCGCUGGGAGUCGAUGGCGAUCCCCUUCACAGGUGGUACGACCAGGUCGCCAAACGCGUUUGGUCUUCUUUCACCUGCGCGGGUCAUAACAUAAAGAAGGCGACUUUCAUCGUCGUAUAUAACAAGGAUCUCUGGGAACAUUCGAUCAGCUCGUAUAAUCUACCCGGAGACGUUUUGGUCUGUCAGUCGGGUUUCUUUACGGUUCAGACCUGGAUUGAAAAAAACCUUCCCGUCCAAAAACCCAUCGUCAUCGCCAUCGUCCACGAUACCGACAUGCUCCCUGCCGCACCUUUCACUCAAUUGGGCGAGAAGACCAACCUCCUCGCGGCGCAUUACUUGCGAUACGCCAUGCCCACCUCGAAAGUCCAGUCCGUCUGGAAACCUUGGCUCGUCGAAUCGGCUGUCGUCGAAUUCCUCUCCUGCAAGAUCUCCUCUGAAUAUUUCCUCCGAUCCCAGCACCCGGCUUCAUCUUUCGGGUUGUUGUCAUUAUCAUGCUCACGCAUCUAUGAACCUGUUGCAAUCGAUGGGCAGCUGACGGGAGACGUUCGAUGCCGAUCACCGAUCAAACCUCCGAGAUCCGUCCGAAACCCUUGGAUUUUCUUCUCUGCGGGAGUAAACGACGAAGUUUUUCUCAAGGUCUCGUGCCUCGUGGCGUAUGCUAUAUCUACUAAAAACUUCAGGAUAGCAUGCCCGCGACGAUACGUACACAUGAGCCAAGACAGCGACACAAAAACAGCAGUAACGAUCGUGGAUGUUAGCGGCAUCGAUGUUGAUAGGGUCGGGACAGAGGCGUUUGUGUUCAUUCACCUGAAAGGUUGGCAGGAAGGCUACGUUGUCUUCAGCCCCGAUGGUACCAUCCGACAAUGGUUCUACGAAGUUUCCCGACGAGUCUGGUCGUCUUUCUCCGUGGCUGGCGAUCCUAUCAAAAAGGCUACCUUUAUCGUUCAUUAUGACACCUUUUGGGAGUUAUAUUGUUCGGGAUGGGAAGCACCUGGAGAUGUCAUCGUGACGGGGAAGGAUGAGCGUUCGGCAGAGGCUUGGGCUGAAAACGAACGUCAUAGCAUCGCAUUCCCUCUUGUACGAGCUGCCCGUCUCAUCUGA